ACUUACUCUGGUCUGCUGUCUUAAAUCUGGCCUUAGACCAGGUACCGUUAUUUUGAAGUGUGAAAUGUCGAAAAAUACAAGGAUUUGGAUGUACAUUUUGUCUGGAUUCGUUGCGUUUUCAUUGCUUAGCAACUAUUCAUUAUUUGUCAUAGUUAGAAAUGGAACUUUGAUUCACAGAGGAAAAGACACAGAGACUGUUCAAAGUGAAAACACCAUAGUCGUAAUGGAAAUUAAUAACACAUCUCCUGAGAGUGAAGAUACUAGUACUGUGAAGGAUAUUGUAUAUGGUGAUGCUGAAUCAAAAAACGGACAGAAAAACACUACAUUAUUGCACAAUGCUCUACUUAUGUAUGUAGACCAACAGGAUCGGCAUAUAAUACAAUUUACACUGUUUCUGUAUGCAUCCUGGAAAUACGUUAUGAGUCAUCGAUACCUUAAAUCCAACGUUACAAUCGACAAUGCUACAUCUGUACCAAAUAUCAUAUUUGACUUGAUUGUGUAUUGUCACCCAAAAACAUGUAAACGUCUCCCAUUAGAUUGCAUCCCCCUCAAACAUGACGCCAUUUUGGAAGCUAUUCCUAGAUGUUGGUACACUCCCUCCGAACCACUCCAAAAUUUCCCAGGCUAUCCAUCUGGUUAUGAGUUCAUUAAUACAUUUACGUUUCUACUUGAUGAUACCUUGGAUCAGAUUGCACACAAAUAUGAUAGAAUUUUGAGGACCGAUACAGAUGUGUUUAUAUCUCCGGCAAUAUUAGGUUGGUCUGUUGAAUAUCCUUUAGUUACUGGACAGGGGGGUUAUGGAUCAAAAUUUAGUGAAAAUAGAUUACAGGGAAUAGCAACAAAACUUGGUUUGCGUUAUCAGCACAUCAAUAAUAUUGGAAGUAGCUGGUAUGCCGAGCCAGGUAUAUUCCUGAAAACUGUUAAGCUUGCAUUGGACCUUUCAGUUCAUGUAUACAACCAUGAAUUCAACAAAUCUCUACCAGGGCUUGAAGGUAUAUUUCACCAAAGUGUCGAAGGAAAAUGGCCAGAAUGGUGGCGUGGGGUCUCAACAAUGUAUGGCAGUGAACUAGCCAUCAAUCAUCUCAUCCCCAAUCUCACUCAAGACCACAUAGCUUUUCGAUGUAUGGACACAGACAGUGCGGAUGGUAUAACACCAGUAAUGAAAUCCCCUCACAUUCACUGCUGGAACAGAGGCGAUUUCAACAAGUUUGAAUUUACUGAUAAACUUACUGGAUUCAUUAAGACAGAUGUUAGAAAAUUAUGGACGCAGAAUGAGACAACGUUAUACCUUGGGGAUUUGGAUGUAUCUGGGAUGACCAUUAGGCAGUAUGUGACUUAUAUAGCAUGGAAUGGAGUCCUCAAAUACGUACCAUAUAUGUUUGAAAAAAUGAUGGCACAUUAA